AUGCCAACUACUGUUGAUCGUGAAAAGGAAUGUCCGUUUUUAUUGAAGAUUUACUACUGUCAUGGUAGACAUAAUCCGAAGGAUGCUACCCUAGAAGAAAUUGCACAACUCAUUGAACAAAUUGUUCCAGAAGCUAGAGAUCCUGAUGCCCGUGUCGCUUUUCGACUUAUUUAUUUGGACAGUGAACGUGCACGGUAUCAAAGUCGAGAAAUCGGUCGUGUUGUUGCGAGCAACCCAACUGAAGAUCAAAAGAAAACUUUGGACGAUUGCAAAUUCUUAAUUGGUGAUUAUUUGGAUGUUGCCAUAUAUAUUGGCCCACCUCCAAGUGCUUACGCGAGAGGAGCAGGAGGUAGUCGUUCUUUCGGAGGAGGAAGAGAUAAUAAUAGGGGCCGACCACUUAUUGGCGGCGGUAACAAAUUUGGUGGAAAUGACAGAUAUGGUGGAGGACGACGAAGUUUUGAUAAAAACAACGCUGCACCAUACAAUCGGGAUAGAUUUGGAGGAGCUGGAGGAGGCAGAUAUCAACGACGAGACAGAUAUUAA